GGUCAAAGAAUAAAUCGGCGUCCAAUGCUAAAUCGCUUCUAUGAGUGAUCAAAGAAAGGGCCAAUCAGAUGUUGGCGGAUAUGAUAGGUCGCCUAUAGUAUCAGCGAGAGAAGGAAGUCGGAGAGGGGCGUUUCGCUGGCGGCUACAGCGGCGGAAUGGAUGACAGAGGAGGAGCUGCGUAUAUGGGAGGCUAUGACUCUUACAGAUAUGACUACGGGCAAGAUUCCGGGCACAGCUAUAGCUCCAAAUCCUGGCAGACUUCCUACCCUAUGUCCUCCAGCGAUGGACAUGGUGAUGGUGGAGAGGGGCACCACAUGACAAGCAGAUACAAUUCCUACGACAUGAAUGACCGCAUGGGGUUUGGCUCCGCUGAGCUAGGUAUGGGAUAUGGCAGCCGUCGAGAAAUGCGUCAGUCAUACCCUCCCCAACAUGGCUGGGGUGGAGGACACCGUGGAGGAAUGCGGGGAAAUUUAGGGGCUUCAGGAGGAGGCAGAGGACCAGCACGGCCUCCCCCACUUCUCAACCCUAUGCCUUUCUCAGAAAUGGCUGGUUUUCAAGGACUGAGGGCAUUCACUGGGAACUCUUAUUUUGGAGGAGGAUUUAAGCAGAAGACUAAGAGGCUUAAUAGGGAAAGGAGUCGACAGAGAAGGGCUACAGAAGAUGAAGGGCCCUCUCCAGAUAAAAAAGGGAAGCUGGCAACCAGCACAGAGGACGUUGAGGAGGCAGAGUCAGAUGGGGAUGGAGCGAAUGUGGAGUCUGCAAAGGGCACUAAGAAUGAUGGGGAUGAGAACAAAGUAGAUGAGAAAGAGGCUGUGGACACUGAAAAGAGUACAGAAGAGAAAAAGCUAUCUGCCCGGAGGCAACAAGAGACACAAAACAAGCGCCUGCGAGACCGAAUGGUGGAGAGGAUUCAGUUUAUCUGUUCACUCUGCAAGUUCCGCACAUUUUAUGAGGAAGAAAUGUCAACUCAUCUCCAAAGUGACUUUCAUAGGGAACAUUUUCGCUACAUAGGAGGCAGGCUUCCCAAGCAGCAAGCUGAUUUCCUAGAGGAAUAUGUCAAACACAAGGCCAAAAAAACAGAGGAACGACGCUUGGUUGUAGAAGACCUUAGUUCUACCGUUCAACAAAUCUACCGUGACCAAGACCUCACUCAGGGUCUGGGGCUGGAACAUUUUAUCAAGAAGGUGGAAGCUGCUCACUGUGCGGCUUGUGAUAUCUUUAUUCCAAUGCAUUUUGCUGCCUUGCAACGACAUCUCAAAUCCCCGUUACAUAAUCAGAACAGACGGAAUACGAUGGAACAGUCUAAAAAGUCUGCUUUGGCGGUUGCACGAAGUAUCCUGAAUAAUAAGCAUAUCGGCCAGAAACUGCAGCGCUACAUAAAGGGUGAGAAUCCUUUUACAGAUGAUCAAGAAGAAAAUGUGGAAGGUGAGAACCCCACUGGAGAUAUAGUCACUGAAGCCGACACACUGGAAGAUGAAGCGCCGGCAGCAGCAGAAUGUUCCCCUGAUGAAUCAAGCGUCCAGUCUUCCCAUGAGCCAGCAGCUGGCGAGCAAGAUCCAGGUACAACGGAGAACUUUUCCCCACAAGGAUCAUGGGAAGAACAAGAAGGGGCGGAUCUUAUUGAGUGAGAACUGAAAAAAAUAAAUAAACAGGAAUUUUUUAUAGACUUAAAGGGGCAGCAGUGUUUACAUACAAACAGCUUAUUGUGGACAUUUCUUUACCUCAGUAGAACAUCUGUGCAGUUCCAUAGCUUAUUGUCCCUAUAGUCUUUAUGAUACCCGGGGAGUCCUUUUUACUUUGGUGUAAGGCAAGUUGGUUUGUGAAAGUGACAGAAUCACUCAUUGCCUCGCCUAAUCUCAAGCAGGGAAAAUCCUUUUACAUACUUAAAGCGACACUAUCCCUUUUUAGCUGGUUUAUUGAUGAAACAAAAAAAUAUGAACAUAUAAUAAAACAUAGCAACUUUAGUAUAAGGCAAUAUAAUCAGCGCUGAUAUUGUCUCCUUAAGGCAGGGCCACGUUAGAUCAGUGCAGGGAGGCAUACAUUGUUGUUUAAUUAUAAACUAACCUCAUCUUUUUCAUGUCUUUAUUUAUCAUUUAGAUAUAGAAGGCAAUAA